CGCCCCGGCCCGGGACUGAGCUGGCUUUGGGCCGAUGGCUCCGGUGGUGUCCACGCUGCGGGCCGGGGCUGAGGCCGGGGCCAGGGCCAGGCCGCUCCCCCAGCGGGUGCUGAAGCAGUAUCUGCUGCUGCUGCGCUUCUACCCCGUGCUGACCAAGGCGGCCACCAGUGGGAUUCUGUCAGCAUUUGGGAACUUCCUGUCCCAGGUCAUUGCGAGAGUCCAGAAAAAGGGAAGAUGGUUUCAGAAUCUGGACCUCAAAGGGCCUCUCAGAUAUGCUAUUUUUGGCUUCUUCUUCUCAGGGCCCCUCAGUCACUUCUUCUACCUGUACCUGGACCACUGGAUCCCUGCUACUGUCCCUUUUUCAGGAGUCAGGAGGCUCCUGGUGGACCGGCUUGUCUUUGGCCCAGCCUUCCUGUUGUUGUUCUUCUUCUGCAUGAACCUUCUUGAGGGAAAAGACAUGACAGCCUUCUCUGCAAAGGUGAAAACAGGUUACUGGCCUGCUCUGCAAAUGAACUGGAAACUAUGGACCCCAAUUCAGUUUAUUAACAUUAACUAUAUUCCUCUGCAGUUCCGGGUGCUGUUUGCCAAUAUGGUGGCUCUCUUCUGGUACACCUACUUGGCCUCUCUUGGGAAAUGAAGAUGGCUGGAGAAAGACAGCAGGUUCACCACAGUGCCUUGACCUGGAGAGCCUAGGCACAGGCUGUGGCUCAUCCUCACAGGGUUUGCUGCUGAAUCACCCUGCAAGGGCUUCAUUGAAGUAUUAAUGACUAUAUGUGAUUCCAUAUGAUCCAGAAGUAUGGGCAUGAUAAUAAAAACUGGUUAAUGUGGAACCUGGUACCCAAGAUAGGCAAUGGGUCUUUUUGAAUGGGUGCUAUCCUUUAAAUGGAAAUUUUAGCCUUUAAAGAAUCAACAAUUUGGAAUAAAUUUGGGAUGAAUCAAAAUUGAAAUAAACUACAAUGUCACUUCA